AAAUCAUGAAUUUGUAACAAUUUGACACUAAUUUAACAUGAAUUACAUAAAAUAAGAGCAUCGAAAUUCGAAAAUGCUCACUAGAUAAUAUGUGAGAUAUAUUGCACUACUUGUGCAUUUCGUAUCGCAUUGGUGGGAUACAAGAUAUAUCGUGGGAUAUAUCGGCCAAUAUCGUCGAUAUUUAAAACAAUGGGUAGUGAUUGGUUAGUCCGGACGCAUGAUGGUGUAGCAGGUGACAAUGAGAGGAGAGGAGAAAGAAGGAUAAGAGGAGGAGAGAGUGCAUGAGAGAGAUGGAGGAGAGGAGACGGACGUGAGAGUUUGGGUUCACAUCCUCUCCCUCUCUUUUAUUAAAUAAAAAAUUAGAUAACUGGAUUGGGCUUGGGUCCACAAUGAGAGGCCCAUUACACAAAUGAACUGACGCAUUUAUUCUCUAACAUCCAUCAUGGGCCAAACCUCCAUUUGGCCGGAUUAAGAUAAAUGCCAAUGACUCUGAUUUAAGAGCGUUGGAUGGACGUUCCAUUCGUGUCGUUUGCUAGGAAGACUCACAUUCCUGACACAUAUGCAAUCCGACAUUUCCAAAUAGUUGGUACCCCAAAAAGUGUCAGCCGCAGGUUAUAUCAUUUAUCUUCGGGAUCAGAGGGUAACCCUAUCCGGUGUUCAAUGAAGUCUUAUAGACUAUCAGAGCUCAGUCUGGUCGAGGUUGAUGGCCUCAGGGCUCGUCCUCGUAUUGAUUUCUCUUCAAUUUUCAGUGUUGUAAAUCCGAUUGUUGAUGAUGUCCACAGUAGAGGCGAUGCUGCGGUUAUAGAUUAUACUGCACGCUUUGACAAAGUUAUACUGGAUAAAGUAGUAGAAAAUGUUGCCGAUCUUCCGGAUCCAAAGCUUGAUUCAGCUGUGAGAGAAGCUUUCAAUGUGGUGUACGACAAUAUAUAUGCAUUUUAUGCUGCACAAAAGGCUCCCGAGCAAACUGUUGAGAAUAUCAAAGUUGUUACAUGCAAAAGGGUAGCAAGGUACAUUGCUUCUGUGGGUCUUUAUGUUCCGGGAGGGACGGCAGUUUUACCUUCGACGGCUUUGAUGCUAGCAGUGCCUGCACGGAUUGCUGGGUGCAAAACCGUUGUUCUUGCAACUCCCUCGAGUCGUGAUGGUAGUAUCUGCAAGGAGGUACUGUAUUGUGCCAAGAAAGCGGGCGUGACACAUAUACUCAAAGCUGGGGGAGCUCAGGCCAUCUCAGCCAUGGCUUGGGGGACUGCAUCUUGUCCUAAGGUACUAGUUUUCCAUUGCUUGUAUUCAUAAAUUAUUCGUUCUUAUGCAUCUGUGUACAUGCUAAGUAGGACCGUCAAUGGGCCGGGUUCGGGCUGGGCCGAGGUCCGUUCCUGUCUGGCCUGCAAAGUAAACUCAUGCCGUAGCGUAGCCUGUGACAAUUACGCACAGCUUGGGCACAAGUCUAGCUUGAGUCUGAGACCAGCCACCUUCCGCCCAUAUCAUGCAUGAUAUUGACAAAAAA